CCGGAAGUCCUGGGGUGAAGCUUGUGUGGUCGCGACUGUGACAUAGUUUACUUUCACUCGACAGUCCUGUGAAGCAAAGUGCCAAGCGGGUAAAAAAAAAAAGUUGUUAAAAACAACAACAACAGUUUUUCGAGUUUGAAUUUGCGCUUCACUUUUUUUGGGUCAAGAUUCUCACACAUUUCAGCAUGGGUGCACAAGAAGAGAAGAAAGAAACAUGUGGUACUAUCUGCCUGAAAUACCUACUGAUCACAUUCAACUUCCUGUUUUGGCUUGCUGGGGGCGUUGUGAUGGCUGUGGGUGUUUGGACUUUGGUUGAAAAGAGCGACUAUAUCAGCCUACUACCCUCCAUGACAUAUGCUGCUUCUGCCUACAUACUGGUCCUUGCUGGAGCCAUCGUCAUGGUAACAGGCGUUCUGGGAUGCUGUGCCACCUUCAAGGAGCAGAGGAGGCUACUGCGAGUGUAUUUUGUCCUACUGCUGUGUAUAUUCCUGUUGGAGAUCCUUGCUGGUGUCCUGGCGUAUAUCUACUAUCGGCAGUUAAAUGAGGAGCUGAAGCAGAACCUGAGGGAGACCAUGAUCCAGAAGUAUGAACAGAAGACUCACGAGCAUGUUACCAGUGCUGUGGAUAAGCUGCAACAGGAGUUCAAGUGCUGUGGGAGCAACAAUUCAUCCGACUGGGUGGAGAGUGUCUGGAUCCGCUCCGACGACGGAAAUGGCAGGGUGGUGCCUGACAGCUGCUGUAAGACUCCGUCUGACAUGUGCGGACGUGGUGGGCACCCCUCCAACAUCUACAAGGUUGAGGGUGGCUGUAUCUCAAAACUGGAGAAAUUUAUCCAGGACCACCUGAAAAUCAUUGGUGCAGUGGGUAUUGGGAUUGCCUGUGUACAGAUAAUAGGGAUGGUGUUUACAUGCUGCCUAUACCGACGUCUCAAGUCAGAGCCAUACUAACGAAGGAAAAGAGAUGGAGGAAUUCACUUUUUUCGCUCAUCAUUUAUUCUCUUGUGGAAGGAGGUGAGGGAUUAAAGGACACAUCUGAGUUUUUAUCAUGGUUCAGUGAAAAUGAAAUUAGGUCACAUAGUGUAAUUAGGCAUUAGAAUUAGAGUCAUGAUUACAGCACUGAUGGGGGAAAAAGCUAUAAGUGAUAAACUGGAAUAUUAGCUUUGCAUAUUUAAUUUAGUGAGGGAUACCCUCUUUGGGAAUUAUUUUUUUCAGGCAGCACCAGCUACAGGUUUUAACAAACCCACUUCACCUGCUAUAGCAUCUUGUUUCCAUGUUAACUAACCACUUGUACACUUGAAAACAUGGCGGCUCUGUGAAUUCUCAACUUUAUUUUGCACCACUGUUUUUGUACUUUUUGAAUGCCUGUUUUCUGUAAAACUCAAGGUUCUACCUGUGUGCUAUUACUGUAGUUGAGCCUUUAUUGCCUAAUGUGUCUUCAAAUUGCAAUGUGCCACUGUUAGAUCGGGCUCUUAUCCCUAGUGUGUUGGCAAGGACACUUUAUCUGCCAGACUGAUGCUACAAUGACUGCGCCUUUCUCACCAGCAUAGCUGCAUCGUCACUGUAAUAACACAAUAGUACCAGCAUUUUCUAACAAUUUAAAUCUAGUCUGAUGUACAAGGCUGAUGUAAUGUAAUAAUGUGUAAUGCCUCUCAACCUCAUUGCUGUAGGGGAAAGUCCCUGAUUUUAUAUUUUACUUUUCUGUUUUUACCACUGAUGCCAAAAAUAGACACUGACUGACCUCUGUGUGCAUCUACUGUAUCUUCACCAAAUACCAUUUCAUAUCAGUGAUUUUUAUUGAAUGUUUGAAAUUCAGGUUUUGUAUACUGUAUUGGUACGUCUCUUCUGAUCAAUAUUAUAUAAUCCCAGCGUUCCGAAUCUACUGUUGACAUUCUUUUAAAUCAAUAGUAUAGAUCUUCUCUAAACAUCCCAACAUUGAUCACAAAUGUCCUGUUUUAGCCAAGAAUAUAUUCAGUUUGAAUAAACAUCCAUCAAAAUUACACAAA